CUACUCUCCUCUCUACCUUCAUUUCAAUCCUCUUCUCUGUUUAUUCCUUGAAAUUUCUAUCUGGCCUUGUCCUCUAAUUUUUGUCUACCUCAGGCAUGGCAAUUAAUAUAUAAUAAAUUUUGAGUUGAAAUUUCAACCUGGUUUUCUUACUGUUGGUUCCUCUACCGGAAUUUUGAUUGUUUUCAUAUGCAGCUUUGUUGGAAUCAGAAUUAUCAGUAAACAAAGUGUUUAUGAAUCAGACUGAUGGAGAGCAGACAGCACCGAUCAGUAGACGACACCUGCAGAAGAAAGCUCCAGAGGAUGAGAGUGAAGAGCAAUCCUUUGAAAUGUUUGCUGAACAAGGCCAAUAGAUUCAAAUUCCACUCACUGAAACUGCUUCUAAUCGUCAUCCUAGCAGCCACUUUUAUCACCAUCUUCUCUUUCCCGUCCGCUUGCCCUCGAAGCAGCAGUGUUUCUCGACGGGUUUUCGUGAGACGGUGGUUAUGGGGAGGACCGGAUCCACGUUACGUCUCGGAUCUCGUCAUAAACUGGGACGAAAUCACGAACGCCCUCAACAAGCUGCCCGACAGAAUCGAAUCCAUCGGCCUCGUUAAUUUCGACGAGCGCGAAAUCCAGCAGUGGAAGCAACUGCAGGUGGCGAAUGACUCGAAAACAGUUUCCCUACAUCUGGACUCCGCCCAAAGCAACCUCACUUGGGAGUCGCUUUACCCUGAGUGGAUAGACGAAGAGCAAGAGGAGGUGGUCCCCACGUGCCCUUCACUCCCACAUAUUGAGAUCCCAAGGCAGCGGUUCGACCUCAUUGCCGUCAAGCUUCCUUGUCGUGGCCGGGAGUGGUCGAGGGACGUUGCCCGUCUUCACCUACAGAUAUCAGCAGCUCGUCUGGCGGCAGCCACCACGCGCCAACUGCAUCUGCUUUUCCUCACUAACUGCUUCCCGAUGCCUAACUUGUUCCCGUGCAGGGAUUUGGUCAUGCGCCAGGGUGACGUGUGGCUCUACAGACCGCGCUUGGACGCGUUGAGAGAGAAGCUUCGGCUCCCAGUAGGGUCCUGCGAGCUCGCUCUCCCCCUCGGAUCUGUAGGAGAUAGAUAUCACGAGUACUGGGGAAGAGAAAGGGUGCGGCGGGAGGCGUAUGCCACGAUCCUCCACUCGGCGCACGACUACGUGUGCGGGGCGAUCGCAGCAGCGCAGAGCAUCCGCAUGUCGGGGUCCACCAGGGACCUCGUCAUACUGGUGGACGAGACAAUCAGCGGCUACCACAGGAGCGGGCUCGAGAUGGCCGGCUGGAAAGUCCGCACCAUAGCCCGCAUCCGAAACCCCAGGGCCGAGAAGGACGCGUACAACGAGUGGAACUAUAGUAAGUUCCGGCUCUGGCAGCUGACGGACUACGACCGAAUCAUCUUCAUCGACGCCGACCUCCUAAUCCUCCGCAACAUCGACUUCCUCUUCGGGAUGCCGCAGAUAUCUGCCACCGGCAACAACGGCACCCUAUUCAACUCCGGCGUCAUGGUGAUCGAGCCCUCCAACUGCACCUUUCGGCUCCUGAUGGACCACAUAAACGAGAUCGAGUCGUACAACGGCGGGGACCAGGGCUACUUGAACGAGAUAUUCACUUGGUGGCAUCGACUGCCCAAGCACGUGAACUUCCUUAAGAACUUCUGGGCCGGAGAUGAUGACAUCGUCCGCCGAAAGAAGGUUGCUCUCUUUAAGGCCGACCCGCCGAUUCUGUAUGUCCUUCACUACUUGGGGAACAAGCCGUGGAUGUGCUUCAGGGACUAUGAUUGUAACUGGAAUGUGGACAUAUUGCGGGAGUUUGCUAGUGACGAGGCUCACGCCAAGUGGUGGAGGGUGCACGAUGCCAUGCCUGAUAAGCUAAAGGAGUUUUGUCUAUUGGCGUCCAAGCAGAAGGCCCAACUGGAGUGGGACAGGAGACAGGCGGAGAAAGGGAACUACUCGGACGGGCACUGGAGGAUUAAGGUGAGAGACGAGAGGGUCAACAAGUGCAUUGACCAGUACUGCAAUUGGCGGGGUAUGUUGAGGCAUUGGGGCGAGACGAACUGGACGGAUAGUGAGUUACCAGUUUCUACUCCACCGGCAUUGAGCAAGAGCUGAAUUGGGUAGGUUUCUGAUUGGUAUAAGAGUUGUUGAAUGUUGGAGUCUCUGUAUGUAGAUAGAGAUUUUGCUUUGAGCACUUUGGUUUUGUGGAUAUGUUACUUUUGGUCCUUCCUUUUUGUUAUGUUUCAUUAUUUUCCUUUUUUUUAUUCUUUGGAUGGUGACUCAAGGACUCGGGAUUGAGGGACUUCAUUCAAUUACAAUCUUGAACAUAUUUGCUUUUCCUCUCAUCAUCUCGGAGAAAACUUCUCCAGGAAAAAAGAAAAAAGAAUGUCACUAUGCUUAUACUUUUAUCGGUUUUGUAGUUUCCAAUAACUGAAAUUUCUCUUCUUCAGCUUAAUGGGAAACAAGGGGUACUUUCAAAAAUCAUACGACAUCCACAACUUGCUCCCAUUUGUUUACUCCCAAAUCAACUGCAUCAGUAAAGAAUUAGUUUCUACAUGUAACAACAAUUAAUUAUUGCAUUCUGCCAAUGUUGGUAUCUAAGUUGAAAGAUAAAAACAUAAGAAUUUUCUUAAUAUUUGCAAAAGCAAGCCUAAUCAUAAAACUACUGGUCUUAUACUCAGCACAGCAGCAAAUACAUGUUUAACUAUGGGAAGAAAAAAUUAGAUGUUGGUUAACUAUCUACUAUUCGCGAGUCAAGUUUGGCACCAGAAGUAGACAAACAAUAUCAUCACUCAGCUAUGAUCUCAAGAAGAUGCUGUGACCCAUCUAUUGCCCUGAAUGAAAUUUUCCAAGGUGUAUGAAUUCACAUGCUCGGCCGGUAUCUGGCUACUCCAGCCUACUCGGCCGGACACAUUAGAUCCAGGGCCCGUAUUCCCAAAUUCACCAAAAUAGAGGGUGCCGAGUGCAAAUUCACCAUCCCAGGGCAUCCACCCAUCAGGCGCAAUAAGAGCCUCCAACGUGCAGUUAAUGAAAAGCGUCCUCGAAUACUCUUUCCACGGCCUGCCCAAGAAAUUCUUGUGCACGUCGGGUUUCGCACGAUACAGACGCAUGUAUUCAUCAGUUCCGUUUAUCACGCAAUUCCGGAAGACAAAACCUGUAGACUGGCCAGGAUCUAUUCUGGCGUGGGCAGUGACUACAUUAUUCUCGCCCUUUUCUGGAUCGACUUGCCGAGGGGCGACUAAUAUGAGGCAGUCCUCGAAAAAAGAGGCUGAGUGUCCGAAUAUGAAAUCAAUGUUCCCUAGGAUGCGGCACGAUUUGUAGUACUGCCGCAGGCUGUGGGCAUAAAGGGUGUCUUGAUUGCCAAUGAAUUCGCAGUUUUGGAUGAUGGAUAGAUCGCUGUCUGACCGGAAAGCUACUGCUUGAUGAGCUUCCGGGCCUGCUGUGUUCUGUAUUGUGAGACCGCUUGCCAUGAAUCCAUCACCAAAAACUGACCGACAGUGGCGGUAUUGUAAGUGGUAAGGCCGUGGUGGCCCACGCUGGCAUUAGCUGUAAUGACGGUAUUACCCAUGCCUUGGCCGAGAAGGACAACAUUCUUCUUCUCCAAGGGGACCCUAACCGUCUCCUCGUACAUCCCAGCUUUAAUCCCUAUCACAAACCGCCAAUCACUAUUAUUGGGAGCCGAAUCCACGGCCUCCUGCACCGUCCCAUAAUCGCACUGCCCGCCUUCGCGGCACACGCUCACGUUCGGUCUAGAGAAAUCAGAAGGAAAAAAAGAAGAAGAAUA